GGUCGCCGCAGGUUGGGCCGGGCGCGGGCGAGGGUCCCGCGGCCGGGAGGGGCGAGGGCGAGCCCGGGGCCCGGAAGCGGCUCCCCGCCUCCCGCGUCGGGGACCCCUCGAGGUGCGCGGCGCUCCCUGCUCGCCCCGGUAGCGGGCGAUGGCGUCGGAGGAGGCGGCCAUGGCCGAGGCGAAGGCCCCCGCCCCGGCGGAUGCGGGCCCCACCCGCGCACGCCCCGGCGCGCCCCCCAGGGUCGGAGACCUUCCUGCACGCAGCUGCCUCACGCUGGAUCCUGCCAAGCUGAGGGAGCAUCUGGAAGAUGAAGUUGAAAGGGGUUCCGGAGAUCCUGACUCUCCCUCCUCCUCACCCGUUCCCAAGCACCGCACACCCCCAGAAGAGUCUUCCUUGCCUGCCGCUGCUGCCUUACCUCCAGCCAGCCCCUCAAGUGAGGCACCCUCCUUGCCUGAUCUGGACAGUGCCGUGGGAGAAAAGAGAGCCUCCCCACCAACGUUCCCGCUGCUUCCACAGUCUGCCCAUCCCACGGACCUUAACUGCUCCAAGGCUGAGCUGGGGUCUUUGAUCUUGCAGCAUGGAAGGCGGCAGAACGGGUGCCCGGAUUUGGAAGAUGCGCCCCUGGCAGCCUCUCUGGGCCAGGAAGAUGGGGUCGCAAAGCCCUCCCAAAACAUUGCAGUCCAGACUGACUUCAGGACGGCUGACUUAGAAGCGAGCACUGAUCUGGACACAGAAAAGAACUUGGACAAGAUGAUGUCUGAGAGAGCUUCGUUGAAGGAGCGUUACCAAGAGGUCCUGGACAAGCAGAGACAGGUGGAGAACCAGCUGCAGGUGCAGCUCCAGCACCUGCAGCAGCGCAGGGAAGAGGAGAUGAAGAAUCACCAGGAGAUCUUGAAGGCCAUUCAGGAUGUGACCGUUAAGCGGAAAGAAACUAGGAAGAAGAUGGAAAAGGAAAAGAAAGAGUUUUUGCAAAAGGAGCAGGACUUGAAGGCAGAAAUUGAGAAACUCUGUGAGAAAGGCCGGAGGCUGUUGAAGGAGCAAGAAGAGAAGGAGAGCAAGAUCGUUUCGCUGAUUGCCGAGCAAGCAGAGGAGAAGGAAGCAUGGGAGCUGGAGUUGGGGAAGCUGAAGAGCCAGCAUAGUGAGAUCAACCGGUCAAUCCUGGAGGAGACAGAGCGGGCCUGGAAAGCCGAGAUCCUGUCUCUGGAGAGCCGGAAGGAGCUGCUGGUGCUGAAGCUGGAAGAGGCUGAAAAAGAAGCGGAGCUGCACCUCACCUACCUCAAGUCAGCACCACCUACGCUGGAGACCAUCCGGCCGAAGCAGGAGUGGGAGACGAGGCUGAACAAAAUACGGAUGACCAAGGAGAACGUCCGUGACAAGUUCAAUGACCACAUCCAGCUGGUGCGGAACGGGGCCAAGUUGAGCAGCCUCCCACAGAUUCCCACGCCCCCUCUGCCCCCGCCCCCGUUGGAGACAGACUUCUUGCUGCCUCCCUUCCAGGCCAACUCCUCUCUCGCCCCACAGCUGCCCUUCCCCAUCGGGUCAGUUCCCAUGCCUCCCAUGGUCAUGCCCAGUGCAGACCCACGGGUGCUCUCAUUCCCCCUCCUGAACCCCAGUCUCAUCGCCCGGCCUGGCCAGCCUUCACCCUCCUUGCCCGCAGCACAGGAGCAGAGCAGCCCCGGGCUCUCUUCUCUGGUUGGCUCCCACGGGGCGCCGGGGGCCGCACUGCCUCCCCCUCCAGGCCUGGGUGGAGUCAAGGCCCCAUCUGAAUUCCAUAGACCCCCCCCUGUGGACAAGCUGGAGAAGAUCCUGGAAAAGUUGAUGACGCGCUUUCCUUGCUGUAAUAAGGCCCAGUUGACCAAUGUCCUCCAGCAGAUCAAAGCAGCUCGAAGGACCUUGGCGGGACUCACCAUGGAAGAGUUGAGCCAGCUUGUGGCAGCCAAGCUGGCAGAGCAACAGGAACGGGUGGCAGCUGUUGGCACCCAGCCCCAUAGCCGGAUGUGCUCCCCCUUGUUCCCGGGUCCGUUGCCUCAAAUCAGCAACCCUAUGUUCUUGCCACCCGCACAGGUCUCCUAUCCUGGGACGCCACCUCAGGCACCCGUGACCUGCAAACUGUGUCUGAUGUGCCAGAAGCUGGUCCCACCCAGUGACCUCCACCCCAUGGCCUGUUCACACGUGCUGCACAAGGAGUGCAUCAAGUUCUGGGCUCAGACCAACGCAAAUGAUGCCUGUCCCUUCUGCCCCACCCUGAAAUGACCCCAGCCCAGGAGGGCAGCCCCACUCCUCACUGCGCAGUGGGGGAGGAUUCCGACGUGACGUGAGACACCCUAGCGUUUCUACGGCUCUGUAUUUAUAUGGCGAUGUAUACACAUGUACAUUUUUAUUCUAUAGGGAAUGUGUGUAUAGAAAGUCCACAUACAUACCAGUUCAUAAUAAAAUGUGUAUAUUAUGCAGAAA